AUGCUUCUCCUCCAGGAACUGCAGCCCUCCAACGCCCGGCCUUCGUCCUCGUCGCCGGCUGCCUUCUACUAUGCCCCUCCCAUCGGCGGCGGACAGCAGCGUGGAGGUCCGGCUCCCGCGCCCACGCCCGCGCCGUACCCCGUCAACAACACCGGGUCUGGCUCUGGCUACAAGGGUAAGAAGCGGAAGACCACCGGCGGAGGCGCCGCCGCGCCCUUCCCCAGCCUGCCGAACCCGUGGACUGGUGCCAUCCACAUGUACCCCAUGGCUGGUCCACGUCCCGGCGCGCAUGUCUACCCGCCAGUCGGUUACCCUACCCCGGCUGGUCUCCUUGGCCCUCGCCCCGGUCAGGCCACACGUCCCACGCCACAGGGCUACAUGGCGCUCCCUGGUCCUGCGCCGCCUGCGACGUACUCCUACCCCAACUACCCGACCUACAGCGCUCCAUCAGGACCCACCUGGGACCCCUCCGCUCUCGCUGGCUACUUCAACACCAUGAGCCUGCAGGCUCCCUCUGGCUGGCACAUGGACACAUGA